UGGAAAUAAAAAUGUCAAUGACAAAUUUGGACUUUUAACUUUUGUAGAAGGAAUCUAUAUUUUACACAUCAAAGUUGAAAGAUUUAAAUUGUAGUGAUUUUCUAGUAUGAUCCGUACAAGUCAUUGGAAGCUCCAAAACUGCGUCGUUGCUUUUAAAGCCAGCUUAACAGUGUUAUUCGGGUCGGGUCGGGUCGGGUUAUUCGGAUUACUGAAAAGCGGAACCCAUUUACAGUUACACUCUUCCCCAACUUCAAGGGGGACCAAAAAUGGCUCGCUUUCUCUGAGAUCCAAACCAACCUUUAUUUCAGGAGAGAGAAUCAAUGGCAGUGGUUAUUGAGAGCUCCGUUUGGGAGCCAAAUCCAUCGCUGUAUACUCUCUUAUUCUUGGCCUGUGUCUUCUCGAUCGCUCUAUUCCCUUACGCCUCCAAAAAUUUCAGCAGCAGUAGCAGAACUCCUGUUGUUUUCGACCAUGGAGUCUCGUCUUCCUCUUCAUUUCUUCGUUUCCAGAGGAACUUUAUUCUCCUUUACUCUCUUGCUUCAGUUGUUGAAGGAUUAUGGUCAGUUUUUGGUGAAAUGGAGCUUGCAUAUUACGGUGUGAGUAGAGAACACAUAGUAUUGUCUCUCAGUGUAGGAACUGGAGCCUCUCUAUUCUUUGGUACUAUCUUAGGAGUAGUAUCGGAUUUAAUAGGACAAAAGAAAAUUUGUUUGCUCUUUUGCAUCUUACACCUUUUUAUUGCCUUAUUGAAGAGAACUGUUGCACAUCCAAGUAUUUUGGUGGCUAGUAUUUGUUUGUCAGUUUCUGCUUCCAUAUUUUCGUUCAGUUUUGAGACCUGGAUGGUAGUUCAUCAUGAAAAGCAAGGGCACAGACGUGAUGCUUUGAAUGAAACAUUUUGGCUGAUGAGUUUCUUUGAGUCUGCCUCGCUAAUUGGAAGUCAAAUCCUUUCAAAUUGGCUAAUUGAUAAUAAUGUAGAGAGAAACCUUCGGUCACCUUCUACGGUAGCUGUUGUGGUUGCAAUGAUGUGUAUUGUUUAUAUAACCAAGGGAUGGGCAGAAGUCCCACAAACAGCAGCGUUCAAGGAGUAUAAGAUUUCCUUCUCAACAUAUAUUCUUGGCGAUAAAAGGAUAUGGCUGCUGGCUUGGGCACAAGCUUGCCUUCACUUUUCCUAUGUGGUCUUCUGGAUUCUGUGGGCUCCAACUGUGGUGGCUGAUGGACGAGAAGUGCACCUAGGAUUGAUAUUUCCAUGUCUUCUAGGCUCAAGAAUGCUAGGAAGCACAUUAUUCCCAUGGAUUACUGGUGGACUAUCAUCUCUCAGAACUGAGGAUUACUUAACAUGUGCAUUUAUUAUAGCCGGGAUGGUAUUGUGUAUUACAGCUUACGAUUAUCAGGAAAUUGAAGUUUUAGUGAUGCUAUUUUGCUUGUUUAGUGCUUCUGUUGGUCUGAUUUCGCCUUCACUUGCCAGAUUAAGGACCAUGUAUGUGCCCAAUGAGUUGCGUGGAGGGAUGAUAAGCCUUUCUCAAGCCCCUGCAAAUGUCACAAUUCUGUUUUUUCUGGUGCAAGGAGGCUACUAUCGAAACAUUGAGAAUUCUACGAUUAUGGUCAUUGCUGCAAUGGGGCUGUUUACAGCAGCAGGCUCUAUGCAUAUGCUGAAACGAUGGGGAAAGCAGCCAUAUCAAAAUUGGCACAAGUCAUGAACUUUAUUGUCAAUGUUAUGAAUUUGGAAUGCUAAUAUGGGAAACAUGUGUCAUUAUUUUUUGGCGCUUACCAAUUUAUUUUUAAAAGUUUUGAAGGUGCUUUGUACAUGGUAGGAUAUUAGACAUAAAGAUUUUGAAGUGAAGGAAUUAUUACUUAA